UUUAUUCUUAGUUUUCAAUAUUUGGUUACGUUUCUGUGUUAUGUAAAUUGAAGAUAUUGUCGUGUUUUUAAAAUCAUACAGCCGUCUAGUCUUUUAUUUUUAAGUAUAUCACGAUGUCGUUUAUGUUGUAAUUCUAUUGGUCGAAAAAUGGAGAGUAAAAAUUUGAAUUUAGAUUUGUAUUUCUUGAUCGAGCGUUUUCUGUCCAAAGGUCCGUGUGCUCCUGUUUCCAAGGUUUUGCGGGAAGUUUUGAAUUCAUUGAAUAUUGUUCCCAAGAGAUUUGAUUGGAAAGGUGGACAACAUGUUCAGUCUUAUGAUGAAUGGACACGUCGCUUCUCAGAUGUGGGGGACGAUCAUCUUCUUGUGUUAUGCAACCAUAUAACUUCGAUGCUCGACCAAAAGUCACUCAACCGUGGAGAAACCUCGUUGUUACAAGUGGGAAGGAAUUCAUUAAGCAGUGAUGAGGACAUCGUGUGGAAGUUUUGUCACACCGUUGCAAACAUCAACGCAAAACCGAUGAUUCCACCUCAUAAUUAUAGGAAGAAACAAAAUUGGAUUCACUCCAUAAAGAGUCGUGAAUACGGUUGCGGAAGGCUGAAACAAGUGGUUUGUCCUGUUGUACCUGUGUAUGGUAAAAUGAACAUGUGUCUACGUGUGUUGGGUCAUCUGUCUUCUGUUUACUGUGUUCUAUUUGAUAGAACAGGUUCCAAAAUAUUUACAGGUUCAGAUGACAGCCUAAUCAAGUGUUGGUGCGCGUGGAGUGGUCGAUUGUUGUUCACCUUCCGUGGCCACCAAGCGGAGAUAUGCGACAUGGAUAUCUCAUACGACAACAUUCUUCUUGCUGCGGGGAGUUGUAACAAAGAGAUUCGGGUAUGGGACGUACAGACAGCGGAACCUGUUGCUGUGUUACAAGGUCACUCUGGUAUUCUUACUUCUUUAGAGUUUAGUCCUGUAGUAGAGUGUGGACGUGGUUACCUCAUUUCAACGGGCAGGGAUGGGAACGUAUGUUUCUGGUUGUGGAAUAUUAAUAACAUGGAGUUCAACAAACAGCCAGUAAAGUUUCAGGAGCGUAGUCGACCGGGUGUUGGUAUAAUGUGCGCAUCAUGGAGCAUGGGGGGUAGGUUUGCGGUGGCUGGAGGAUCCGAUUCUAUCAUUCACGUUUAUUGUAUUUCACCCGGAUCACCUGAACCUCUUAAGUUAUGUGAACUGUCAUCGCAUUCUGAUAAAGUCGACAGCAUCUGGUUCUCUCAUUCAGGGCUUCAGUUUGCGAGCGCCUCAUGCGAUGGUCGAGCUAUUAUAUGGAGUUAUGUUGAAGCUGAAUGGAGGUCGCUAACUUUAAACACAGAUAGGCGUCGUAAUUUAAACGAUGACGGAGAAUUUGUUUCUAUGUCAAAAGUUCGUGUGAUAAUGGUGACGUGGACGUGUGACGACCAACAUAUUAUGACAUCACAUUCAGACUUCAGCAUCAAAGUUUGGAAAGUGGACACUGCUAGUUUACUUCAUGUAUUGAAGGGUCACGAGGAUGAGGCUUAUUGUUUAGAAGCCCACCCUAAUGAUGGGAGAAUAUUACUCAGUGCUGGACAUGAUGGAAAGAUAUUUCUAUGGGACAUCAACGAUGGCCAACAAGUUAUCAACUUUCAUAACUUGUUAGUCGGGCAGGGGCAUGGGGCGGUGUUCGACGCAAAGUUUUCACCAACGGGAAACCACAUUGCAUGUACUGACUCACAUGGACAUCUUAUAUUGUUUGGUUUCGGGGACGGAAAAGUUUAUAAAAAGGUUCCAGAUGAACAAUUCUUUCACACCGACUACCGACCUCUACUACGCGACAUGUAUGGUGCGGUGGUUGAUGAACAAACCCAUCAAGCACCCAACCGAAUGCCACCUCCGUUCCUAGUAGAUGUGGAUGGUAAUCCUCACCCUGCACCAUUACAAAGACUUGUACCAGGAAGGCAAAAUAUAACAACAGAUGCUCUAGUGCCUGUGGUGGUAGCAGCUGAUAACGGUGUUCCUCUCAUUGUGAACGAACAACCAGAUAUUGUUGCAGAUUUAUCCCCACCACUAAAUGAAGUCAGAGCCCCAGGGGUCCAGUCCCCCACAGUUUCCCCCUCACGUAACACCCCCCUUGGGUUACGACGUGAGGGUGAAGUAGUUGGGGUAAGGAAUAGUAGCUCGCCCCGAAGUGAGAUUGCAUCAGCAGCUGACCUGUUGGUUGUACAACGACGGGAGCUCGUGCCACUGCUGAAAACUGCUGUGAGAAUGAAACGUGAUGAAAUAGCUCGAGAGACCGGUUUUAAUGAAAUCUCGAUUUACAACGAAGAGAUCACAAGAAAGAACCACAAAAGUUUAAACAAACAUCGAGCUGCUUCAAUGAAUUAUUUGAAUUCUCAGGUGAACAGGGAAAAAACACGCAACUCAGAUUAUUUAAGGAAGAUACCAAGCGCCCACCAUUCAUACAGCACAAGGCUAAAUUCAAUGCCGUUGUCAAAUGAUGAGCAAGAUUGGGAAACCACAACAGAUGCUUCAUCUGCUGAAGAACCUGAUGCAGCCUCAGUGGAAAACUACCAUGCUAAUAUUAACACUAGGAAACGUAGAAUGAGAUCAGAUAGUUAUUCUGAAGGUUGGAGUUCAGAGGAAAAUGAAGGAUCGCCCGUUCAUUCCAAUAAUGCUCGCAAACGGAGGAAAUGUUCCGAAGAAACUUCUAUUUGUGAUGUCACAACAGAAACACUUGAUGAAAACCAACCAACAACCUCCACAAAUAUUUCACCAAAACAAACCGUUGUUAAACCGAUAGAACCCCCUUUCCCCAUUGUACCCGGGCAACCCCCGCCAGAUGAAUACCUCCCACCAAAGUGGAUCAGUCAAGAUGUAGCUCGACCUUCUCCAUACAUGCCACAGAUCGGGGAUUGUGUUGUCUAUUUUCAACAGGGACAUCAGUUAUAUAUUAAAGCUGUGUUAGAUAAGAAUAUUUGGAAUGUUGGACCUGAGUCAAAUAUUUGUUAUAAUAUGAUGGAAUUAAACUAUAUUGAAGUGUGCAAUGUAACCUCAAUUGAAUAUGAGAUUGGUCCACCCACAUUGUGUUGCUUACAACUUCAACGACAGAAUGUUAAAGAAAAUGAAGAGGAAUAUUUCAAACUAAGGUUCCACGAUCUUCCAGAUGUGAUUGACUUCAUUGUUCUACAGAAUAAGUUUGACAUAAGCAUGUUAACAAAGUGGAAACCUGGUGAUCGAUUUCGUUCAAUAAUUGAUGAUGAAUGGUGGUUUGGGUCGGUUGUUAACCAUCAACCACUCGAUGAUAAAUAUCCCGAAAGUCCUUUCCAAUCUUUGUUGGUGGAAUGGGAUUCUAAUGAAGUUGAAAGGAUGUCUCCCUGGGAUUUGGAGCCAACAACUGAAGGAAUGGUGGGGAGAUCCGAGAAUGAUAGGGGUCUUCCAAUUGAAGAAGAAGAAUUGAAAGAUAUUUUCCAUCAAAGACCUUCAGCAAGUGAAUGGAGGAAAGUUGAUAAACUCUAUGUUGAUAGUGUUGAUCAAGAUUGUUCAAGGAUUUCUACAGGGAUUGAAAAGUUGCUUGGUUUGGAUAUGUUCAGCCCAUUUUCCGCCCCUGUUGAUUUGACGAUCUACCAAGCCUACACCCUCGCUGUAGCUUAUCCAACUGAUCUAAAACUCAUUCUACGUCGUCUUCAAAACCGUUUUUACCGAUCACUUGAAAGUUUAUUGUGGGAUGUUCAGAAGUUGGAAGAAAAUGCUUUGGCUUUUAACGAACCAGAUUCUGAUAUUGUCAAAAAAGCAACGAUCCUCCAUUCAUUGCUUGGGGAAUUUAUCAACAACCAAAGUUGUCACAACAUUGAGGAUAUCUAUGCAACACAUGGGGUAGAUCAUAUAGUGGAUAUUGUUGAACCUGCGUGUGAAAGCGAUCACUCAGUUGAAUGUGAUGUUGUCACUGAACCAACUACCUCUGAUAGAUUAAACUCUAUAACAAACGUUAUAACUCGAGCAAAGAAGUCCCGAUACCAACCGUGGAUCAGUGAGGAUGAAAAAGAAGAUCAAGACCGCAUGGAUGAGUGGAAGGGAAGUUGCUCCAACCUCCUCUCGUUUGCUUGGGACACAGAGGAUGCGAGUCCUUUCAGGGAAGGAGUAAAUGAAGAGCAUUACCCAGAUUAUUAUGACAUCGUAGAAGAACCGAUGAAUCUGACGAUGAUUCGCGAGAAACUUUCAAAGGAUGGUUACAAUAAUCCUAAGGAGGUUGAAAGUGACUUGCAUCUCAUGUUCACCAACUCUAAGGCUUACAAUACUAAUAAAAAAUCUAAGAUCUACAGUAUGACAGUUCGUCUACAAGCGUUAAUAAGAGCUCGCAUGCAACCGAUAAUUGCUGAAUAUGAGAAUGUUGUUUCAAUGCGUGGAGCUUUAACUGCUCAACUGAUGGAGAAACAAAUGUCAAACUCAUACAUAACAAGAAGUAGAAGACGAAGGAAGAGAAGCUCCCGUUACUCCCAACCUCCGGAGGAUAAACCUAUUGAUCCUAACGAACCUUCCUCUUCCCGUGCUCCAGAAUCAAGGAGGAGCAAUUCCUCUCGGAGAUGCAGAAUCCUGAGUCCGGAUGAUCCAUCCUCAAGUGAUUCAGAAGAUCAAAAUCCUCCUCCAAGAUUGAGGAAAGAUCGGCCGCAACUUGCGCAAUCCUCAAGAUUAAGAUCAAGGUUGCCUCAGAAACAAAACAAGUUUCAGCGUUCUGACACAACAAGUAGCAGCAAAGACUCAAGUUUCCUUUCCGAUCCUCGUCCACGCCGUAGUAAACCUCAUUAUUUGCCACAAUCCUCUGAAAGAAUGCAUCUACGAAAUAUACGGAAGAGGCGAAACACGACCGUUCGUUACGUUGAGUCUUUAUCCGAAGCCAGCGACGACGCGUUCGAACGACUUAAUGAUGUUUCAAGCCGUGGUAGAGUAAGAAGGUUAUCAUCGAAAGCGAUGGCCGCAAAAUUAAGUUGAUUUCGUUUAUUUCCUCAUCCAAAUCAUGCAUUUGUUGAAUACAAUUUAUAAUGAGAUGAAAA